AUGGAAAAGAUUGGUUUUCAUGAGAAGUGGUGUAGGUGGAUCGUAAAAUGUCUAAAAUCCUCUUUUGUUUCGGUGUUAGUAAAUGGUAGUCCUACUAAGAAAUUUUCAAUGGGUCGUGGUUUAAGACAAGGAUAUAAUUUUUCUCCUUUCUUAUUCUUAAUUGUCGCGGAAAGUUUUAAUGUUUUGAUAAAGAGAGUUAUGGAAUCUGGAAGAUUAGUGGGAUACAAAUUUGAUGUUGGCGAUAAACGUUUCUCUCAUCUCCAAUAUGAAGACGAUACAAUGAUCUUAUGUGAGAAGAGAUUGACUAACAUUUGGAUAAUAGAGGCGAUUUUAUUGCUUUUUGAAUCGAUGUCAAGGCUGAAAGUGAUCUUUCAAAAGUGUUCGAUUGUAGGAAUUAAUAUUCCUCAAUCCUGGAUUACUGAGGCAAUAAAUGUCCUGCAUUGUAAAGUUGGAGUUUUACCAUUCAUUCAUCUUGGGCUUCCUAUUCGAGCAAACACAAAUCGUAAAGAAAUGUGGAAUCAAGUGAUAGAGACGGUGAAAUCAAGGUUGAACAUGUGGAAGAGUAAAUUGUCAUCUAUCGGCGGUUGUGUUGUAAUUUUAAAGUCUAUUUUAUAUGUGAUUCUGAUUUAUUUCCUCUCGUUCUUCAAGGCUCAUUCAGGUAUAAUUUCUAAAUUAGAAUCCAUUUUAAGCAUUUCUUAUGGGGGUUGUGAGGUAGAGAUGAAGAUCAAUUGGGUCAAACGGGAGAAGUUGUGUAGGCCGAUAAAGGAAGGUGGUUUAGGGAUUAUGAACCUUCGGGUGUUCAACAUAACUUUAUUAGGAAAAUGGGAAUGGAAAGUGAACAAGGAAAUAAUGGGUAUUUGGUUUGAGGCUAUAGUUAAUAGAUACGGGAUGAACUUAGAGGUUCAAAAUCUGGGGAAGGUUAGUGUCUCAAACUGGUGGAAGGUUAUUUGUAAUCUGAAUGUUGGUGAGUUUGCCCCUUCAAACGAGUAA